AUGUCUACCGAAUUUGAGGACGUCCUCACAAAUCAGCCUGUUGUCAUUGACAAUGGUUCGGGCACCAUCAAAGCUGGGUUUGCGGGGCAAGACCAUCCGAAAUGCUUCUUCCCGUCUUUUGUCGGCCGGCCAAAGCAUAUACGCGUCAUGGCAGGCGCAUUGGAAGGGGAUGUGUUCAUCGGCCGGAAAGCGCAAGAAUUUCGCGGUUUGCUCAAGAUCAAAUAUCCUAUGGAGCACGGCAUUGUGACUGACUGGGAUGAUAUGGAGCGGAUAUGGAGCUGGGUUUACGCUGAGGAGCUCGGAACGUUGAGCGAAGAACAUCCUGUAUUAUUGACUGAAGCUCCUCUCAAUCCUCGGCAUAACCGAGACGUUGCGGCCCAAAUCUUUUUCGACACAUUUAAUGUGCCUGCGCUAUUUAUUUCUGUUCAGGCUGUACUAUCGCUAUACUCGUCCGGACGAACCACAGGUAUCGUCCUGGACUCCGGAGAUGGUGUAACACAUGCUGUUCCUGUAUUUGAAGGAUUCUCCAUGCCUCAUGCCAUUCGCCGUGUAGAUGUUGCAGGGAGAGAUGUGACAGACCACCUGCAACUACUGCUUCGAAAAUCAGGUCACCACCUCCACACUACUGCAGAGCGAGAAGUUGUAAGAACUAUAAAGGAGAAAUGUUGUUAUGUUGCGCUUAAUCCCGCAAAGGAAGAGAAGGAUUCGCUCGGAAGGGGUGAAGAGUUCCGCUUACCUGAUGGGAAUACAGUACAGCUCGCUUCUGAGCGAUUUCGUGCACCAGAGAUCCUCUUUAACCCAGAGCUCAUUGGCCAAGAAUAUGCUGGUGUACACCAAGUGGUUGUGGACGCCAUCAACCGGGUUGACUUGGAUUUGCGCAAGAGCUUGUUCUCGAACAUCGUUCUUAGUGGUGGCAGCACGCUGUGCCGAGGUUUUGGCGAUCGCUUGCUGAAUGAAGUGAAGAAGCUAGCUUUGAAAGAUGUAAAGAUCAAGAUCUAUGCACCCCCGGAACGGAAGUACUCUACCUGGAUUGGAGGAUCGAUUCUGGCGGGCCUCAAUACCUUCAAGAAGAUGUGGGUGUCGGCCGAAGAGUACCAAGAGGAUCCGGAUAUCAUUCACAGAAAAUUGGGCUUUUAG